AUGAACCGAUUGAUAACGCUUGUGUGUGCGUUAGUAUAUUCGAGCGACGCGGCCAGGAUCUUAGCCGUGUUUCCGACCCCUUCAAUAAGCCAUCAAGUAGUCUUUAGACCGCUGACACACGAACUAGCAAGGAGAGGACAUGAAGUCACCGUCAUCACAACAGACCCAGCCUUCCCGAAAGGACAAGCACCAGCAAAUUUGACAGAAAUUAACGUACACGACGUAUCAUAUGAAGUUUGGCGAAAACUAAUAGCGAACAGCAGAAACGGUGACAAAAAUGAUAUAAGAAGACAAGUUAAAGAAUUCAGUGACGUGUGUUUUGAAAUAUUCGAGAAACAGACUGCAAUUGCUGAAGUACAAGACAUUAUUCAGAACAGGAAUAACAGUUAUGAUUUGUUGCUAGUAGAAGCUUGGACAGGGUUUGCUCUUGGAUUUUCUCACGUGAUCAAAGCGCCAGUUAUAGCAGUUAGUUCUUUUGGUGCCGUUGGAGAUAAUUAUGACGUCAUGGGAGCUCCAAUUCAUCCUCUGCUAUACCCCCAAGUAAUAGCUACACGUGUUUAUAAUCUAUCACUUUCGGAGAGAGUUACAGAAUACUACAAUUAUUUAACUAUAAUGAACGACCUUAGAAAUUCAGAAAAAUAUGAAGAUGCGGUUCUGAGGAGGAUUUUUGGUGAAGACACCCCUCCUUUGAGUGAAUUGAAGAAUAAUAUUGGUAUGAUGUUCAUAAAUAUGCACCCUCUAUGGGAAGGCAAUAUACCAGUACCUCCCAGCGUGAUUCACAUUGGAGGAAUGCAUCAGAAACCAGAAAAGGAUUUACCGCAGGAUCUAAAGCAGUACCUGGAUUCUUCCAAGCAUGGCGUGAUCUACAUAAGUUUUGGCACAAACGUCGACACCUCUGCCCUACCCAGAGAAAAGGUCCAGACCAUCAUAAAUGCGUUAUCACAGGUUCCUUAUGACGUGCUCUGGAAGUGGAACCAGGACGAGCUCCCAGGCCGAACGAAGAACAUCAAGAUAUCAAAAUGGUUCCCGCAGUCUGAUCUUUUAAGACAUCCAAAAGUCAAACUUUUCAUCACGCAAGGGGGUUUGCAAUCAACAGACGAGACAAUCACUGGAGGGGUGCCAGUAAUUGGCAUUCCUAUGAUCGGCGACCAGUUUUAUAAUGUGGACAAGUAUGUAAUCCACAAGAUCGGCAAGAAAUUGUGCCUUGAGGAUCUCACUGAAGACACGCUCAAAAGUGGAAUAAAAGAUGUUAUUGGGGAUAAAAGUUACCGAGACAACAUAAUCCGCCUAAGAACCCUAAUGAACGACCAACCAACGUCAUCCCUAGAGCGCGCCAUCUGGUGGACGGAGCACGUACUUCGCCGCGGCACUAAGCACCUCCGAGCGCCCGCCGCCAACAUGCACUGGUUCGAGUAUUACGAUGUGCAACUGUUACUUAUUGUACUGUGCGCUGUUUUUACUGUGAUAUUAUUGGGAUGUGUAGUAUUGCGUAAUAUAGUUAAGGUAGUUUCGAGUACUGUUAAAGUUAAGGUUUCGUAGAUUUGU